AUGUCCAAAAUCGCAUCUACCUUCUCGCGGCUGGUGCGCUUUGUCCCCAAAUCGAACCCCGCCAAGGUUCUAAUCGGAGAGCCCGUCGAUCCCAAGCUGGAUGUUGGAUUGGCUCUCUACCAGGGCAAGGACGUUGCAGUACACCCAUUCUCUGGCACUUCAGUCUUAAGUCCUGGCCAGGUGACUGAUGCGACGGAGACCAUCUCGCGAAUUCUAUCCCCUUUGGCGCAAAGCGAGGUUGGAACUAUUCGCUGCAUUGGACUGAACUAUGUCUCCCAUGCCAAGGAGAUGGCUCUCCCGAUCCCUGAAGUCCCAACAUUGUUCAUGAAGCCAGCCAGCUCUCUGGCGGAUCCUUGGCCUGCGCCAACCGUUCUGCCUAAGAUUACGCAGCAGGAUAACACCGGUGACUACGAGUCUGAGAUGGUUAUCGUCAUUGGCCGUGAUGCUAAGGACGUGUCCGAAUCCGAGGCCCUCGACUAUGUCCUUGGUUACACGGCUGCAAACGAUGUCUCCAGUCGCACUUCCCAGAUGAAUCAGAGCCAGUGGUCUUUCUCCAAGGGCUUUGAUGGCGCAUGCCCGAUUGGUCCCGUCCUCGCUUCCGCUGCUCUCAUCCCCGAUGUCAGCAAGCUCCAGAUUCGUGGUCUUAAGAACGGAAACGUGAUGCAGGGAUACUGCCCAUUGACUGACCUUGUCUUCGGCGUCCCCCAGCUGGUCAGCUUCCUCUCCCAAGGUACCACCUUACCUGCCGGUACAAUCAUAUUGACGGGCACCCCGCCCGGUGUUGGCGCAGCUAAGAACCCGAAGGAAUUUAUCAAGGCUGGCGACGAGUUCGCCGUUGAGUUGCUGCCCCAUGUGGGAACACUUAUCAACAAGAUCGAGCACCAGUGA